AUUCUAGACGAGCAUUAUCAACUCUGAAUAAGUACACAUUCAGUAUGCGAUCACAGGGAAUAUAGUAUAUAAAGCAUGAGUUGCUGUCAUGACAGUUUCACAAUACAUACACCAACCUCGAAACGUCGAUUUGCACCAACUUCAGAAACGCAGUUCCAUCAUCAAGUCUGUUCACUUUUUGUCAAGAUGCUACAUGCCCGCGACAUAAUCUCAAUCAUUGAGAUGAUUUUCUACAUACCAACACUCAUAACAUGUGGGGUUGUAUGCUUCCGCCACGGUUUCCGCAACGGCUCAGGCUGGAUCUAUACACUCGUCCUGUGCCUUGUUCGCAUUGCAGGUGCAAUCUGCCAAUUCGUUUCGCAUAGCAAUCACUCCACAGGUCUGAUCAAAGCGACGCUCGUUCUCAAUUCCAUCGGCCUCGGGCCCUUGAUGUUCUCAACUUUGGCGUUUCUGUCUCGUUUUGUUCAAUUCGUCAACACCAAAUCGAAACCUGUAGUCACAAAAAAGCAUCUGAUCAUCAUCCGUCUUGUCAUCUCUGCGGGAAUCGGAUUGUCCAUCUCCGGCGCCAUGGACGCCUUAUCAAGCGGCGCCACCCAGGUGCCAACGAACAGCAGAGUCGGCAUAAUCCUGAUCAUCGUCGCCUAUGUCAGCCUUGUCGUCUUGUUUCUCGUAUACGCGCGUCGCGUUUCCCUACUUCCCAGGAAAGAACGUCGUGUUCCUCUCGCCAUCUUCGCUUCGCUACCUCUUAUUCUCGUCCGGCUUGUCUACUCCGCAUGCGUGGUUUUCCUACACAACUCCGCGUUCAAUAUUCUCACAGGCAGCGUCGCCGUACUUGUAGUCAUGUCUGUAAUAGAGGAAUUUGCUGUUGUUGGAAUAUAUGUACUGCUGGGCUUCCUAGUAGAUAGGUGAGACUCAAGGCCUUAGAUGGAUAGCCUUCAUGACCAAUAGGCUAACUGAUACACCAAGGCAAGCUCCUACCACAUUCACUAGAAUUGAAAUGGAGCAAUAGGUAUGACUUGGAGAAAUGGCUAUCUUAAUCUAUCAAAUUCAUCACUCAAAUCAUUA